AUUAGGCAACUGACAACCUUAAACAUUGAACUACAAAAGUCCGUAAUCAACACAACAGAGGCUAGAAUGAACUCCAUGAAAGAAUUAAUCGAUACAGUAGUCAACGAAGUGGCUGAUUUAAAAAUAUUGAUAAUGAACGGAGAACAGAUCGAUUUAGAAGGGCGACAAAAUCGGGAUUGUUAUCCUGUGGGAUACGUUCGACACACCGAUAAUGAGAUGCAUCUUGGAAAUGAUAUCUGGCUACCCGUACAUUUAUAUGACACUGCGGUUGUUUCGUGCAAAACAGCCUCAAAAUUCGUGAAGUAUAUGGCAAUAGCAAUUUUUGGAAUUAGAACUCUGAAGGACUCGUCAAUAUCUGGAAAGGUGUCGAAUAGAAAUAUUAAAUCAAAACCUAACGAGAUACCACGACCUCCUCUCGACAGCAAAAAAAUUGGGGCAAUAAAAAAAAUAUUACGUUUCUGGAUGUUAAGUAUCAACAAAACUGAAGAAGAAUGUGAUCUGCAGGAGAUUCGAGUGUCAAAAUAUAUCGCCAGUAAAAUUUACGAUCUUCGUAUAGAUCAAACAGAAAAGAAACAGCAUAAAAAACGAUCACACAAAGGCAAAGGGCCGUUGAAUUCCUCAUUACCCAAGCAGGGGAUCUCUGCACAUAACGAACCACCAGAAACCCCGGAAGCAGCGCAUGAACGCCAAGAAGAAGCAGGCGGUUUUCAAUACGAUGAUGAAGAGCUUCAUAAGGCCGACUCUGACAUUUCUCAACAUUUAGAUACGUCAGAAGAAGAGGAGGCAAAAAAAUCCAAUAGUAGUUUUGAGGACUUCCCUAUGUAGAGGUCUAAUAUAGCUGAGUCUAAAAUAUGGAUUUGUAUUAAUUAAGUUGUUUAAGAUAGAAAUCAAUGUAACACGUAAUUUUCAUUUCUGUAAGCAUUAAUUGCCCAUUUGUUUCUAAGAUUAGUUUACCUUGCAUGCGAAGAAAACAUGUAUGUUUUAGUUUUUGGACUGCAAUUUAAAUAAAUUAUUUCUACCUCAAUUUGUUGUUGAAUACGUGCGUGAUUAAGUCAAUUUACUGUUACAUAUACCGCAUCAGUAUUCAAACAGAUACAGUGCUAGUUCACUGAAUAACAGGUUCGGACGCGAUAGAAUACUAGCAUGAAUGAAUCAGGAUUUUCGGAUUCAACAUGAUAGAAGUCGUCAGACAAUCAGUAUUCAACGAGAUACUGGGCUACUUCCUCGAAAAAACGAGUUAGGACACGAAGGGAUACUUGCAUACAUGAAACAGAAUUUUCUUUUUAUCAUAAUAUGGGAGAUAUCAUAAUCAAUAUUCAACCAGAUACAAUGCUACUUUAUUGAGAAAGCUGCUUAGAACAGGAUAGAAUACUUACAUAAUUGAAUCUGGAUUUUCUGAUUCAACAUGAUAGGCGUAGUCGGAUAAAAGAUUCUGUAUAUCCGAUUUUUACGAUCAGAUAUGACACUUUUGAAUCAAAUGAUAAAUCCUAUUCAAUAUGAUAAAUACUGAUAUAAACAACUUUUUAUUAAUAUACAUCUGGAUAGGAAGGAGUAAGUAAAUAUCGUAUUAAAACAGACAGUUUUGAGAAUCACGAAUCUUGACAUUGGGAUAUAAAUUGAUAUUCAGACAACGUGAAUUGCGAUAUUCAACCUGAUACGAAAUAUGCAACUAAAAUUCCGGAUUCAUUUUUAUUAACUACGAAUACCUUUUACUAUAUACUGUGAUAAAAGUUGUGUAUCUGGAUUUCACGAUGGUGGAUAUGAAAAACUGGAACCAAAUCCCCUAUUCAACUUGAUAGAAAGUUUUUCUAUCA